AUGCCCCUGAUUGUGACGCAGGAGCGUCUGUGGUGUCUGUUGGACCUGCCCUGUCUGUCUGCUGAAGGAGCGUCUGUGGGGUCUGUUGGACCUGCCCUGUCUGUCUGUCUGCUGCAGGAGCGUCUGUGGUGUCUGUUGGACCUGCCCUGUCUGUCUGCUGAAGGAGCGUCUGUGGUGUCUGUUGGACCUGCCCUGUCUGUCUGUCUGCUGAAGGAGCGUCUGUGGUGUCUGUUGGACCUGCCCUGUCUGUCUGCAGGAGCGUCUGUGGUGUCUGUUGGACCUGCCCUGUCUGAGCGUCUGUGGUGUCUGUUGGACUGCCUGCUGUCUGCUGCUGCAGGAGCGUCUGUGGUGUCUGUUGGACCUGCCCUGUCUGUCUGUCUGCUGCAGGAGCGUCUGUGGGGUCUGUUGGACCUGCCCUGUCUGUCUGCUUCAGGAGCGUCUGUGGGGUCUGUUGGACCUGCCCUGUCUGUCUGCUGCAGGAGCGUCUGUGGUGUCUGUUGGACCUGCCCUGUCUGUCUGCUGCAGGAGCGUCUGUGGUGUCUGUUGGACCUGCCCUGUCUGUCUGCUGCAGGAGCGUCUGUGGUGUCUGUUGGACCUGCCCUGUCUGUCUGUCUGCUGAAGGAGCGUCUGUGGUGUCUGUUGGACCUGCCCUGUCUGUCUGUCUGCAGGAGCGUCUGUGGUGUCUGUUGGACCUGCCCUGUCUGUCUGUCUGCAGGAGCGUCUGUGGUGUCUGUUGGACCUGCCCUGUCUGUCUGCUGCAGGAGCGUCUGUGGUGUCUGUUGGACCUGCCCUGUCUGUCUGUCUGCUGCAGGAGCGUCUGUGGGGUCUGUUGGACCUGCCCUGUCUGUCUGCUCAGAGCGUCUGUGGGUCUGUUGGACCUGCCCUGUCUGUCUGCUGCAGGAGCGUCUGUGGGGUCUGUUGGACCUGCCCUGUCUGUCUGCUGCAGGAGCGUCUGUGGUGUCUGUUGGACCUGCCCUGUCUGUCUGCUGCAGGAGCGUCUGUGGUGUCUGUUGGACCUGCCCUGUCUGUCUGCUGCAGGAGCGUCUGUGGUGUCUGUUGGACCUGCCCUGUCUGUCUGCUGCAGGAGCGUCUGUGGGUUCUGUUGGACCUGCCCUGUCUGUCUGCUUCAGGAGCGUCUGUGGUGUCUGUUGGACCUGCCCUGUCUGUCUGCUGCAGGAGCGUCUGUGGUGUCUGUUGGACCUGCCCUGUCUGUCUGCUGCAGGAGCGUCUGUGGUGUCUGUUGGACCUGCCCUGUCUGUCUGCUGCAGGAGCGUCUGUGGUGUCUGUUGGACCUGCCCUGUCUGUCUGCUGCAGGAGCGUCUGUGGUGUCUGUUGGACCUGCCCUGUCUGUCUGCUGCAGGAGCGUCUGUGGGGUCUGUUGGACCUGCCCUGUCUGUCUGCUUCAGGAGCGUCUGUGGUGUCUGUUGGACCUGCCCUGUCUGUCUGCUGCAGGAGCGUCUGUGGUGUCUGUUGGACCUGCCCUGUCUGUCUGCUGCAGGAGCGUCUGUGGUGUCUGUUGGACCUGCCCUGUCUGUCUGCUGCAGGAGCGUCUGUGGUGUCUGUUGGACCUGCCCUGUCUGUCUGCUGCAGGAGCGUCUGUGGUGUCUGUUGGACCUUCCCUGUCUGUCUGCUGCAGGAGCGUCUGUGGUGUCUGUUGGACCUGCCCUGUCUGUCUGCUGCAGGAGCGUCUGUGGUGUCUGUUGGACCUGCCCUGUCUGUCUGCUGCAGGAGCGUCUGUGGUGUCUGUUGGACCUGCCCUGUCUGUCUGCUGCAGGAGCGUCUGUGGUGUCUGUUGGACCUGCCCUGUCUGUCUGCUGCAGGAGCGUCUGUGGUGUCUGUUGGACCUGCCCUGUCUGUCUGCUGCAGGAGCGUCUGUGGGGUCUGUUGGACCUGCCCUGUCUGUCUGCUGCAGGAGCGUUUGUGGUGUCUGUUGGACCUGCCCUGUCUGUCUGCUGCAGGAGCGUCUGUGGUGUCUGUUGGACCUUCCCUGUCUGUCUGCUGCAGGAGCGUCUGUGGUGUCUGUUGGACCGGCCCUGUCUGUCUGCUGCAGGAGCGUCUGUGGUGUCUGUUGGACCUGCCCUGUCUGUCUGCUGCAGGAGCGUCUGUGGUGUCUGUUGGACCUGCCCUGUCUGUCUGCUGCAGGAGCGUCUGUGGUGUCUGUUGGACCUGCCCUGUCUGUCUGCUGCAGGAGCGUCUGUGGUGUCUGUUGGACCUGCCCUGUCUGUCUGCUGCAGGAGCGUCUGUGGUGUCUGUUGGACCUGCCCUGUCUGUCUGCUGCAGGAGCGUCUGUGGUGUCUGUUGGACCUUCCCUGUCUGUCUGCUGCAGGAGCGUCUGUGGUGUCUGUUGGACCUGCCCUGUCUGUCUGCUGCAGGAGCGUCUGUGGUGUCUGUUGGACCUGCCCUGUCUGUCUGCUGCAGGAGCGUCUGUGGUGUCUGUUGGACCUGCCCUGUCUGUCUGCUGCAGGAGCGUCUGUGGUGUCUGUUGGACCUGCCCUGUCUGUCUGCUGCAGGAGCGUCUGUGGGGUCUGUUGGACCUGCCCUGUCUGUCUGCUGCAGGAGCGUCUAUAG